GUCUGGAGAUGGCAGGUUGCCCUGAGGCUGCCAGGGUAUGAGUUGUGCGGAGGGACGCUGAUCGCUCCUGGAUGGGUCUUGACAGCGGCACACUGCGCCGCUGUGUUGAGGACCCAGGGCUUGAGCUGCCUCCAGGCUCAUGCAGGUACGUCUCAUUUGGACGUGUCCAGGUCGACAGGGCACUUUGAGGAGAGGCGGGCGAAGAACUUGUAUGUGCACCCAGAGUUCGACGGUGACUCCAAGAACGGCCAUGACUUCGCACUCCUGGAGCUGGAGAAGCCUAUGCCUAUGAAUGAGUGCAUCGGUGUGGCAUGCCUGCCUGAGAACGAGGGAAAGGUGGGCGCUGCGUGCCAAAUCACGGGCUGGGGCACGCAGUUCUUCAUGGGACCAGGAUCCGAAGUCUUGCAGCAGGCUCCUGUGACACUCCUGGAUGUCCACACCUGCCAACACACCCUCAGGUCUGGCCUAUCUUUGCCCAGCUCCUCCCUCUGCGCCUCUGGCAACUCCAGCCUUGGGAUCACCGAUACCUGCCAGGGUGACAGUGGCGGCCCCCUGGUUUGUGAGGAGGCUGGUGCCUUCGUGGUCCACGGUGUCACUUCGUGGGGGUACGGGUGUGGCGCGAAACCCGGCUUCUACGGCCGCGUCAGCACUGCCCUGUCGUGGAUCCAUGAUGUCCUUGAUGGCAGGAUGGAGGCGGAUGUGAAAUUGGCAGACGAACAGGAUGUUUACUUUGGCAACACUGACAAAAACGACAUGAUGUUCACAGGGGUCAGAGGCCCGUGCAUCAUGGAUGAGUUCUCGUGCGUCAUGAGUCCUGGGUAUCCGAAUCCGUACCCUUCUGGGGAGAGCUGCCAGAUUGCAGUGAGUCCUCAAAACUCAGCGCCCAUCCAUGUCACGAAUUUCUCCACCACAUUCGGCGACUACUUGUCCUUCGAUUGCAAAUACUUCACAGGGGGCAUGGGACCGGAGGGCAUCAUCCCACGAAGCACGAUCCACUGGAAGCCCGCGAGCAUAGGUGCAGGAUGGAGAAUCUGCCCUGGGCACAAGGCCUAG